CCAUAUAUCUAGAAAUACAAUCCUAGAUAACUUUUCUGAAUCUACUUUAGAGGAUGAUGCUAUGAAAAUUUACACGAGGUCAAUUUUUGCUGAUCAACAAUCAGAGAUACAAGGAACACUGUCCGAGUGCCUUCCGAUGGAGACCAAAAUUGAGGAACCAUUUUGAAGAUAAGUAUGAAGGAUUGGAAAGCACACGGCGACGGUUUACUAGAGGUUUGUUUCAAGAAGGGGGAGGAUGUAAUAGCAUCAUGCAGUUGUUGCAGGUUUGAACAAUAUGGAUUGUUGUGCAAACAUAUAUAUUUUGUGUUCAAGAUGUUCAAAGUGAAAGAAAUUCCCAACAAGUACAUUAUGAGAAGAUGGACCAAAGACGUGGUACCGAAUGAUCUAAAUAAUACAUUUGAUUUAAGUGUUGAUGAUAAUGAUGCGCAUAAAAAGGCCAAAGAGGUUGCGUAUGAGAUUAUGCAGACCGGGGAGUAUCUUAUUGGUAACUUGAUGAAAGAUUUUGAUCAUCUUCUUGUAGUCAGGGAUCGGAUGAGGGAGAUGAAAGAAAUGGUUGAUGAACUUCGCAUAACCAAGCCCAUCGACCCUAAGUUUGAUAGAUAUUCAAGGUUAAUCGGUUACGAGAAACCGAACACUGAUGCUCCUCCUACAGUCCGUGUGCCAACCGGUAUUAGAAACAAAGGACGCGGUUCACAUAAGCGGAUUAAAUCAAAAAAAGAGAAAAUUAAAAGUCUAAAAGGCAAGAGAAGUCGGACUUGCAGUGUUUGUAAUAUCAAAGGUCAUGAUAUUCGAACUUGCGAAGUUUUAAAGGGUAAAGCUAGUGCUGCCGAUAAGAAUGCCAAUAAAAAGGGGAGGAAAAGAAGAGCAAUUCAGUUAGAAAACGAUCCUGGUUUAGUUGACGAAGAGGACGAGGAUGUAGAAACUAGUGAGGAAGAGGAGGAGUAUGAGGAGGCUGAAGAAGCAGAUGAUAGUGAUAGUGAUUCUGAAUGGGAAGACACAACUUUUAUGUAA